CGUCCCGUCUCGCCCUAGCCGUCUCCAUCCCACCACCUCUCUCCCCCCGUCCGUCCGUCCGGCCGCGCCGUGCGCGACCCAAUCCACCACGCCACUUCCCUCCCGUCCAGUCUCGUUCUCGUCGCACCUCGCCCCGCCCGCAGACCGCAGAGAGAGGGGGCGCGCGCUCGCUCGAUCCGUGCGCGCCAGCCAGCGCCAUGGCCUCGGACCAACAGGCCCUCCCGGUCCCGGUCCCGGUCCCCGUCCCGCCCAACCCUAACCCGACCGCACCAGCCGACCCGACCCCGCCCUCGGCCUCCGCCGCGCGCAAGCUCCCCAUCAAGCGCCGCUCCCCGCGGCCGUCGUCCUCGCCCCCAUCCUCCUCCUCCCCGACCUCCUCCGACCCGCUCCGCGCGCCCGCGCCCGGCGGCGGCGGCGGCGGCGGCGGAUCCGACCAGCAGCAGCCGCCCUUCAAGUUCCAGCGCAUCUGGUCCGAGUCCGACGAGCUCCGCUUCCUGCAGGGCCUCCUCGGCUGCGGCGCGCAGGGCCUCGUCUUCCCGCGCGACCUCAACGUCUUCUACGACCGCUUCUCCGAGUCCAUGCCCCAGCCCUACACCCGCGCCCAGCUCUCCGAGAAGCUCCGCCGCCUCAAGAACAAGUUCCGCAGCAUGUCCGCGCGCGUCGCGGGGGGCCUAGACCCGGCCCGCCUCGCGCCGCACGACCGCGACGUGCUCCACCUCUGCUCCAGGCUGUGGGACCCCGCCAACGCCGCCACGUCGCCCUUCGCGGCCAGCGCCGGAGCGUCCGGGAACAAGCGCCGCCGCGCCAACCCGCGGGGCACGCCGCUCCUGCCCCCAGAUGCGUCUGGGGAUAGCAACUCCCAUGACUACAAUGGGGUUGGUUCCUCUGCUCCCGGCUUGUUUCCGGAUGGUUCCAAUGGCGAGUAUAUGUUUUACCUUGAGCAAGAAAGCGGGCACCUAGGCGACCAUGAAGGUGCUGCUCUGGUAGCAGAUAGCAGAUUUGGUGUUGUUGUGCAGGAGCAGCAGCCUGAGGCCGUGGUUACUCUUCCCAAUGGAAACAAUGGAGUUGGCAAUGAGAUGAAUGUGGAGUGUAAAAUGGUGGUGCCGUGCAGCAAUGAGCAUCGAAUGGCAAAUGCUGUCCUAGAUGUGUUUGAGGAAUGCCUGAGGGAGGCAAAGAGUAACGGGAUUAUUAAUGGUGGGAAUGUGGACGGGAGAGCUGAGGAAACUGAGCUUGCCAAGCGGUGGAGAGCGCAGAGGAUGGAUGAGCUUGAUGUCUUAAGCCGGAGGCUGAGGUUGCUCGUUGAGUAUGCUGCAGCGACUGGGCAGUGAAGCAGAGAUUUUGGUGGUUUUGGUGAUGUGCCUCCCACCCUUUGCCCCAUCUGUAUAGAAGCUAGGUUAUUGUGCUAUGCUUUGUAAUGUCUUCCUCAGCUGGACCCUUGCCUUUAGAAAGCCUACUAUAUUUGCCUAUGUACCCUCGAGUUUAAUAAUUUGAGCAGCAUAAUUCUCUCACUGUUAUUCGCAUGGCUUCCUGCUGUUGAUAUAGAUGAUAGCUCUGUUAAUGUAGCUUCAGGCUUUCGCAUUCCAAUUAGAAGCUGUUGUACUUGUAACUUGUAAGCAGUGAGAGAAUAAUAUUAUGUUUCCUAGUUAACCGCUUGUUAUCUCUUAUUGCUUAUCUUAUAGCUUCACUACAAUGUCUACAUUUGGCCUGCUACACUGAGCAUGAAUUAUUUGCAAGCCAUUGCUCCCAUGUUAGCAGCGCAUCCAUGCUUCCACCCUACCACGCCCACCCGCAGCGCCUGCCUGCUCCAAUGGCUUCCCCUCACUCUGACUGUCUGCAGCCGCCUUCCCUCCAGGCUCAACAGAGCUCUGCCAGAGGACGAUGGAUCUGCUUGGGCUGGCAGAUAUGAGUGGUGGCAUAGCGCCCUUCCCCUUUCUCCUGGCGGCUGCAUGUGGGAGCAAGCUCCAAGGAGGUGACAGUCUCGGGUCUCCUCUACGCGAUGCUGCCAGGGCUGGUCUCCUCCUUGCAUGCAAUACAAGGUUUUGGUUGUGCGGGCUUAGUGUCACCACGGCAUUGGCCCUAGGAAUCCAUGGAGGAGCAGGUGUGGCAUCACCUAGCGCGGGAGAGGCAAGAUCAUCACCACCUCCAUCUCUGUCCAUUUCGCUGGAAGAGGCAGGCUGCAGGUGUGGCUUGGUAGAUAUCCAGAAUGAGAUGCUGGAGCGUGAGACGUCCCUGACGUAACAUUGGGAGCUGAAGAGAAACCGUGGACAUCGCUACCACCUGAGGAAAGCAGGCAACUGGGCGAUCACGAAGGUACAGCUCUUAUAACACAUCAGAUUUGGUGUUGCAGGAGCAACCUGAGGCCGUGGCUGCUCUCCCCAAUUGGAACAAUGGAAUUGGCAAUGAGAUGAAUGUGGACUGUAAAAUGGUGGUUCCAUGCAGCAAUGGUACCACAUGGCAAAUGUUGUGCUGGAUGUGUUCGAGGAGUGCCUGAGGAAGGUUAACAGGAUUAUCAGUGGAAGCGAUGUGGAUGGAGGUGCUGAGGAAAGCGAGCUUGCCAAGCAGUGAAGAGUGCAAAUGAUGGAUGAUCUUGACGUCUUAAGCCGGAGGUUGAGGUCGUCGAGGAUGGAUGAUCUUGAUAUCUUAAGCAGGAGGCCGAGGUUGCUCGUCAUCUAGUCGAGGAUGCUGCAGGGGCUGGGCAAUGAAGAAGAGUUUUUGGUGAUGUGCUGCCACCCUUCGCCUUUUUUUUUUUUGAGAAGUCUCCUUUGCCCAGGUUGCUGUGUGCUAUGCUUUGUAAUGUCUUCCUCAGUUUUGCUCUUGCCUUUUCGCUUUUUGGUCUACAGAGACUACUAUAUCUGCCUUGGGCUAUUAUUGUUGAGUAUUAUAAAUUGAGCAGUCCUACGAUUACUUCA